AAUUUCAAGAGUAUCGCCACAAAGUUCAAUUUUUCCAUCAAAUAACUCUCAAAAAAGAGUUCAUUGGAAACUUAUUACGAUCGGAAUGGCAGCUAUCUUUUAUUCUUCAAGUCUUUGCUCGGGAAUUGAACCUUGUUAUUAUUAUACGGGAGUCAUACGUGGAAGAUCGAAGAAAAUAACCAUCAAGCCAAGUAGGAGUAGUAGUAAGGGCAUGGACUUAAUUGAUAGAAGAUAA